CUCUGGAUAAUGUGCGGAGACGUUAAUUGAACCCAGAAGUUGCGGGACACACAGGAAACACCGGGCUUUAAUGGAUUCCAGUCGCAACAGCAGCUCUAAAAAGCCACCAGAUGAGGAUGGAGACGCGUAUGAGCGUUUCGCGCUCAUCAGAGCUGGCAUACUGGGUUUGGUUUUUGUGCUUGCAACAUGCGGCAAUCUUUUCUUCUUGGGCACACUUUGGAAGAAGCGAAAAAGAAACACACGGACCCAGCUGUUCCUGUUGCACCUGUGCUUGGCGGAUCUGGUGGUCGCCUUUUUCCAAGUCCUACCGCAGUUUCUCAUGGAAAUUACGCACAGGUUCCGAGGCACGGACUUCCUGUGCCGGUCCGUAAAAUACCUACAGGUGGUCGGGAUGUUUGGCUCUACGUACAUGAUCGUGGCCAUGACCAUAGACCGGUACAAUGCAGUGUGUAAGCCGAUGGUUUCCUUCCUGAAGGGCUCGUUUAGGAGAUACCUCUCCAUAGGCGCAGCGUGGCUCAUCUCUCUCGCCUUCAGCUCCCCUCAGAUCUCCAUCUUCUCUCUCAAGGAGGUGGAGGAGAACCAGUAUGACUGCUGGGCUACAUUUAUUGAACCGUGGGGGAGCAGGGUCUACAUCACCUGGAUCACUCUGUCAGUGUUUGCCCUGCCUGCAGUCAUUGUGCUCUAUUGCCAGAUAAGAAUAUGCACAACCAUCUACUUCAACAUGAAGAGGAAGGCGCUGCAGGCAGGGCGCGCGGGCACGAGGGGGGUGUCCAACGCCAUGCUGAAGACUGUGAAAAUGACUUUUGUCAUUAUAAUGACAUACACAGUGUGUUGGAGCCCAUUCUUUGUUGUCCAGUUAUGGUCUGUGUGGAGCCCCAGCACUGCGCCUACUCAAGGUCCAGUGUUUGCCAUCAUCAUGCUGCUGGCCAGCCUCAACAGCUGCACCAACCCCUGGAUAUAUCUUUACUAUAGCUAAGAAAAUUGCAACUUGAGAUACAAUCAAAGGUCUGACGAACUCAAAAUGAAGUCAACAUUAAUCCAGUGUUUGAGUAUUUGUUGUUUUGGAUUCUCUUUUAUGAUAAAAAACAAAUGUAACUGGAUCAGUGUCAGCAUUGCUGUACAUAAGCUUCAAUUUCUGUUGGCUAUUUUCUCAGUUAAUGUUUCAGCGUUCUCACCAAUACAACAUCCAUGCCAGCAUAACGGUCUGUUCUCCAGGCAUAACACUGCACAAAGCACAGUACCCUCUUUCAUUCAGUGUUUGAAGUAGAGCUGGGCAAUAUAUCGAUAUUUUAUCAAUACUGUGAUAUGAGACUAGAUAUCAUGUUAGAGUUUAGAUAUCGUAACGCUGUAAAUGUUGUUGGUUUUUUUCUGAUGGUAAAGGCCGCAUGACAGUAUAAUGUUGUAAUUUUCUGAACUUACCAGACUGUCCCAGCUGUUCUUUACCCACUUAUAAUUACUUAUAAUUAUUUAUCAUAAAUCUCAUUGUGUCGAUAUUUUGUGAAAGCACCAACAGUCAACCCUACAAUCGUUGUUUAGAAAUAUUGUGAUGUUUGGUUUUCUCCAUUUUGCCCAGCCCUAGCUUGAGGAAAUGAGACUUUUGAAAUAAACCUGCAUCAAAGGAACAGUCAAGACAUAAACCUGGAUCUUCACACACUGUACAGAGAAACAGAAUGUCGGACAAUACACACCAUCCACAGACC